GGAUGUCAAUUUCCAACAUUCCCACGUGAUAUUUGCCCCUUCUAUAGUAAUUCGUGUAAUUCGUGUACAGUAACGGUAUUCGAAAGAAGGUAGGAAGUGGAACGUCUACGUUUAACGUUUGCAAUUACACAUAUAGAACACUAUCUCUCUACGAAAAGAAGAAAAUUCCCUUAUAGAAAGAUGGUGGCGAUAAAAUCGUUUAUUCGUUGGUAACAUUGUGCGCGUGGACAAAUCUAUCGUGAUGACAGUUUCGAGCGGUGACAGCAGUCGCGUAAGUGUUUGUCGGGCUAAGAGAAGCGUACCUUCCUAUUCCGUUAGUUAGUAAGGAUCCACCACUUUCAUCGUUUUGGCUAACGCUCCGUCAUUUAAUGUGUUAUCUACGGAAUACAAAUCGUGCCGGAGGACUCGUGAAAGUGGUAACAACAAUAAUAAUAAUAAUAAUAACAAUAACAACAACAACAACAACGAUACUUCAGUAGGACAAUUAGGAUCUACGCGUCAUGGACCUCAGCUGAUGAGCUUGCUUCGUUUAUGCACCACUGUGCACCAACAACAACAACAGCAACAACAACAGCAGCAACUGCAACUGCAACAGCAACAGUCAUCCUCAUCUUCAUCCCAGUACAGUAGUUUGCAACCAGAAAAAAUAUUUUCAAACCAAUCGUCGGAACUUUAUCAGGUGGAGAGGAUAAAUUUGUCACAGGAAAUUCCUACCGACGAGCUGGCUCUAUUAGCUAAGCUGGAGGAAGCCAAUAGGCUGAUAGAAUCGGAUGCAAAGUCACUUAACUCACUUCAGAGUAAUCAUAGUAGAAAAGGAUCGGACACAUCACAGGUGUCCGUGGCGUCGGGGGGUAGCGGGGGUAAUGGAGGAGAUGCUGUUACUGCUGCUGCACCCCGACGUCAUACCACCACUGCAGAUGGGGAGGAAAACACGUGGAGUCUUUGGGGUCACAUAGUUGCCGAUUGGGAUUAUCAUUGGAAGAAGAGAAAAGAUUUUGUCAAAGAAUUUGUACGACAGGGUAUACCCCAUCAUUUCAGGGGUAUCGUCUGGCAAUUGUUGAGCGGUGCACACGAUUCUCCCGUUAAAAAGCAGUUUGCAGAAUAUAUCAAAGCAACGUCAGCCUGUGAAAGGAUAAUAAGGAGAGAUAUAGCAAGAACAUAUCCUGAACAUGACUUCUUUAAGGAGAAAGAUGGUCUUGGUCAGGAGAGUUUGUUUAAUGUUAUGAAAGCUUAUAGUCUUCACGAUCGCGAAGUGGGUUACUGCCAAGGUUCGGGAUUCAUUGUAGGAUUGCUUCUAAUGCAGCAAAUGCCAGAGGAAGAAGCUUUCGCAGUAUUAGUAGCGCUUAUGCAAGAGUAUCGUUUGCGAGAUAUGUUUAAACCGAGUAUGGCAGAAUUAGGGGUGUGCAUGUAUCAAUUAGAACAUUUAGUAGCCGAUACGCAUCCCGAACUACACGCUCAUUUCACGGCUCAAGGUUUUCAUACUUCGAUGUACGCCUCAUCUUGGUUUCUCACGCUGUUUACCACGGCACUUGGAUUACCCCUCGCCUGUCGUAUCUUUGACGUAUUCCUAUCCGAAGGAAUGGAAAUUAUCUUCAAAGUUGCUCUGGCUAUGUUGCAUUUAGGAAAGGAGGAUUUACUCAGUUUGGAUAUGGAGGGUAUGUUAAAGUUUUUUCAGAAACAAUUACCAAGCAAAGCUGAAAAAGAUCCAGACGUACUUAUGAAUUUGGCAUACGGUAUGAAAAUCAAUCCUAAAAGGAUGAAAAAGCUUGAGAAAGAUUAUACCGUGCUGAAAAUGAAGGAACAAGAAGAGAUGGUUGAAUUGCGAAGAUUAAGGGCGGAAAAUAAAUUAUUAAGACAAAGGACUGAACUUUUGGAAGCAGAAUCUGCUGAAUUAGCUGACAGAUUAGUGAGAGGACAAGUUUCACGUGCUGAGGAAGAGGAAACUGCGUUUGUAGUGCAAAGGGAAUUGGCUGCCCUUCGUCACACCCAUCUUGAGACAAGUCAUCAACUUGAACAGGCCCAUGAUGAACUUAGAUCAUUGUCUCUUCUUUUAGAGGAAAACGUGAACUCGCGACAAUCCUCGUUAGACGAGAUCCUGUUGAAGCAAGAAGCGUUGAUGCAAAAGGAAGAACUGAUACAGUGCCUGCAAGAGGAAUUAGUUAGGGUCAGAUUAAGUGAAGCUGAAAAUGGUGCAACUAUCAGAGAAUUAAGAGCCAGAAUACAGGAAUUGGAACAAGAUAAAAAGACUUUGCGAGAAUCAACUCCUGACAAUUCUGUUGCUCAUCUGCAAGAAGAACUGAUUGCUGUUAAACUCAGAGAGGCAGAAGCUAACUUAUCUUUGAAGGAUCUUCGGCAAAGGGUUAUGGAAUUGAGUGCUGCAUGGCAAAGGCAUUUGCAGGAACAUAGAUCUGCCCAAUCCGCUCCUGCUGCGGAUUCAACGCCGAAGAAAUUGCUAUUUUGGGAGAACAGAGGUCACGAGGUACAAAAGUAUGAGGAAGAUCUGAUGACAACUAGAAUUCGUGAAAUGGAAGCUCUUACUGAGGUUAAAGAACUUAGGCUUAAGGUCAUGGAAUUGGAGACACAAGUACAAGUUGCUACUAAUCAAUUGCGUAGACAAGAUGAUAAUGGUAAAGUACUUAAAGAAGAUUUAGAGAAUGCACUUGCCAAGGAAAAAAUUCUCGUUACUAAAUUAAGAGAUGAACAACGUAAGUACGCCGAUUUGGAAUCAAAAAUGAAAGAUGAGACCAUGAUGGCCAGGAUACGUGACGCUGAACAUGCCCAAUUAGUUGCUGAGCUCACACAGAAAAUUUCUUUGCUCGAAUUAAAGAACGAAGAAAUGCAUGCUGAGGGUGAGCUAAGAAAUAAUUUAGAUGACAGUGAAAGAGUUAGAGAACUUCAAGAUAAAGUUGCUGAAUUAAAAGCUGAGGUCAUGAGGUUAGAAAGUUGGAAACAACGUUGGACAGGUCAUGGUGAUCAUCAACCAGUUAGAAGUUUUAGCAUCGAAACUGAAAGUGAAUUGGACGAACGAGAUCUUAGGAUUUGUCUGCCAGAUCAUAUCAACACGACCACUCCUAAUUCACCAGAGGUAUAGGAAUUCUAUCGUCUACAAAUGUUAGACGAUAUCAUCUUCUAGGCAGCUAAUUAUUAUUAUUAUUAUUAUUAUUAUUGUUUAAAACAAUACUCUCCUCCUCAUUUCGUCCGAGAAGAAUUGAAACUGUGAAUGAACAUUUGUUUGUUCUUA